GGAUUAGGAUUAAGAAUAGUUUUAUUGAUAGAUAAUAGGUAUUUUUUAUUAUUUAUUUUUAUCUAUUUGGAAGUUUGUAUAAAUUCAAAUGUUGACAAUGAAUAAAAAUAGUCAUGAAUUUUUAAAUAAUAAGUUGUACGUCUGAACUUUCUUGAAGUGGUCUAGUCUAUCAAACGUACACGAAACCUCCUGAAAUGAAUUUACAAUAAAAAUGCCCUCAUGGUCAUGUCAUUCAGCUGACCCUCCAUCCCUCACUAGCAGAUUAGUAGAGCACAAAGAAAAAAGAGCAAGGAAGGACGUUCCACAUUCAAGCCAUUAUGCGCUGGAAUUGGUUCGCAUCAUAUCAUUUCUUUUUUAAAAGAAUAGAGGAAAGAAAGCAAAGAGAGGAAAGAGAGAGAUUGUUUUAUGAGAAUGGAAGCAAGUUACUUGAGAAGUUGAUUGCCUCUUGCAAUGCCAAGCCUAUUCCCAUCCGUACCUUCUCCGCUCAACAGCUUCGCCAAGCAACCAACAACUUUUCUUCUGAAAAGCUGGUAAUGGGGUUCUCUAUUUGGUACAAGGGUUCUCUUGAAGGACAAAUUGUUCUCAUUAAGGGUUCUUUUGUUCACAAUGUCAAGCUUAUUCCCAUCCGUACCUUCUCCCCUCAACAACUCCGCCAAGCAACCAACAAUUAUCUUUCUCAACAUCUGGGAAUUUAUUGGUACAAAGGUUCUCUUGAAGGACGAAUUGUUCUCAUUAAGCGUUUAGAUAAUUUGGCCUAUAUAGCCAUCAAUGAUUUAGUGAUUUCUGCACAAAUGAGUGGUCACAGCAAUGUAUUAAGGCCCAUAGGUUGUUGUCUCCACACUCGAAUUCCCAUUUUGGUGUUUGAAUUUGCCGCCAAUGGUUUACUUGCAGAUCGAAUUUAUGUCUCCCGUGUUACUGAACUACAACAUGAGCCGAUGGUGUGGGAGAGCAGGUUAAAGAUUGCAAGGCAGAUUGCUCAUGCUCUUUCUUAUCUCCAUACUGCCUUCCCUAGACCUGUCAUCUACAUGGCUAUGGAUCUGCACAGUAUCUUAUUAGAUGAACAUGAUGUUCCCAAAUUGUCCCACUUUCAUUUUUCUGUAUCAAUUCCUGAAGGUGAAGUUGACGUGGACGCUCCUUUUCUUUCAACGUUCAAAUCCCCCGAGUUUAAAACAGCAGGCAAGGUAACUGAGAAAGCCGAUGUAUAUGAUUUUGGUCGGUUUCUUCUGGAACUUUUAACUGGAGAUGAUUCUUUUAAAGAUUCUACUUUCAUAGCAUACAUACAUAACUGUGCUCAAGGUAGUUGCAUAAACGAGAUUGUGGAUCCUGCAAUCUUGGCAGAAGGAGGUGCUAGUUUACAGCACCAAUUACAAGCUGUGGUGGACCUUGCCUUGGCAUGUACAGAGGAAGAUCCACAAACAAGGCCAACUAUGGUUGAUGUCACCAAACAACUCAGGCGGAUUGAGAGGAUAACAUUGAAGUUGUGGAUGAGCUGAUACCAAACCAAAUCAGCUCAACAAGAGUAAGGGACUGCAUUUCAAGAGGGUUGUCGAUAAAAUAUCUGACUGCAGAUGAAGUGAUUGAUUAUAUAAGAGAACAACAUUUGUACCUGAACUCAGAUGAUAAGUGAUGAUCUCUUUAGCAUAAUAUUAUAUUGUACAUAAUUGAUCAUCAUCUGUAAUAACCAUAGCAUCGGAAUAUAGUGCCAUGUGCCUAAUUUAUUUUAAUUAAUACUGGAUAAAUAAUGAUAGAGAUAUGUAUUAUUUAUUCAAAUAAAUUAGUUUGGAAUGGGAUUAAGAAUAGUUUUGCUGAUAGAUAAUGGGUAUUUUUUAUUAUUUAUUUUUAUCUAUUUGGAAGUUUGUAUAAAUUCAAAUGUUGACAAUGAAUAAAAAUAGUCAUGAAUUUUUAAAUAAUAGGCUGUACGUCUGAACUUUCUUGAAGUUCUUCUCAAAGAAAUAUAUAAUUGUUUGAAGUAUAGUUGUGCUUAGAUAAAGUGAGGCUGAAAUGUUGUAUGUAAGCAAAUAUGCUAAAGAGUUAAAAGAGAAAGUUGAUGGUGGACAAACUCAUCCUUAAUCCUAUGUGGUUCACUCUAUGGUUAUUGCUUUAAAUCAUGGCAAACUCACCCUUAAUUUUAUGUCAUUGGCUCUAUGGUAGUUGCCUUUUAUCAUCAAACCAAGACAUCAAUGGAUGUCUCUUUGGUGAAGAGAGGAUUCGAUUCCAGUCCCCUAUUCGAUAACAAGAGACUUUACCAAUCAAGUCAACUGGAACCCACUUCUUCUUUUUAUUUGAAUGGCUAUGGUUUUAUGGACAUGGGUGAUGAUGGGUGUGGUGGGGUUUUUGAUGAUCUAACUCAGAAUGCAAAAUAGGUUAUAAUUAAAGACUUUAGCUUUAAUAUAUUUUUUACCCAUUUGGCUAUGUUAUUUGUCAAGUGAGGAACUAAAUCAAGUACAUGUGUUUAAGGUUUCGUGGGUUCAAAAACAUUGGGUACAUGUGUAACUUACCAAUAAAAAGAAAAAUAAAAGUGUUAAAGAUUUAGAUACUCUUGUUGAUUUCUGGGGAUUUAUUGUGUGAUAGUGAAGUACCAUUGGCUCUUUGACUUUACUUCUUUUGUUUGCACUUGGAAUCUCCUAGGAUUUGUUUAUAGUUUUGUAUGCCUUUUAGAAUUUUGUAGAACUUUUCCAAAGUCUUAUUUGCAACAUUUUAAUAGAGAGAGAGGUGAAUAAUUUCAUAAGUGGUAGGUUGCUGUAAGUGGUUGUGGAUGGGCAUACAUGACUUGGUGCUUGUGCUCAUUAGCCAUGCUAGUAGUGGAGGCAGUGAGUGUAGUCUUGUCAUAUCUCUAAGGAUUGAUGGUGUAUCAACUAUUCUUAUAAUGGUUAGGAUGUACAUUCGGUGGAGCAGUGAUGGUACCAUGGCACAUGGAGCAUUGUUUGGUGGUGGUUGAUAUGAAUUUGUAUAUGAUAGGCGUCAUGAAUUUGGACUUGCUUAUGGAUUAUUAUUGUGGGUUAAAUCAUGUUUCGUUGAAGCAUUAAGGGAUUGGAUUUUGGUACCUUGUUUGUUGAUUCAGACAUGGUUCUUGUGAAUUCUCACCUAUCUGCAGGUUACAUGGGGCUGCUUGCAGUAAGGAGUGAUGGUAUAGAAGUGAAGAGAAGUUCAGAUGGUAUGCCAUGUAUGGCGGGGGGAUGGGUAGUGUUGAUGUUGGUAGUGGCAGGGUUAUAGCAGCAGUUGUUGUGCUGUGAUGGCUGGCUUCAUUUAGGAAACUUAAUGAAUAAACUAUUUUAGGUUAAACUUUAGUACAGACUAAUGUGCCCAACAACAAUUUAUUACAAACUAAAAUGUGCUUAGUAUUUUGAUAAGAACCUACUUCUAGUGGGAAAGUGAGCUCUAAAAGGGAUAGCUGCUUUGAGGGAGCUUGGCCUCCAAGGACAAGAAAGAUUUAGAGAGAAUGAGGGAGAGAGAGAAUUAGAGAAACGAGGGAACUUGCUUGUACUCUACUGUUAUGAUCCUUACAGCAGUGGCUGGCAGCUAUUUAGGCUUGCCUUAAUAUGUACAAGCUCAGGAAUUCCCUAACUAGAUAACUGAUCUGCUAACAGCUAGCCUAAUUGAUCACAUGGUAAAUGCUAUUAAGGACGUGGGUUCUAGCUAACAUUACUUAGGCAACUAUACAAGAGAGUUACAACCAACAGACUAGUAUAUCAAGGCCACAAGACUAACUACCAACUAACAUAACUAGUGCUGGACUGGCAUGCUUGCUGUUACUGCCUAAGCUUUACUGCUGCAGUCUCUAGACACUACUGUCUGCUGCUUCCAGCUGCUUGAUAGACUACUCCAACUGACUAGUUGAGCUCUUCACUGUUACUAUACUGAGUGAGAUAGCUGCUUAGUUGCUAAUUACAUAGUUCACUGCAUAUCUUGAUAAGCCACAUAACUCUUGUCAAUGCAUACCCUGCUGCUGCAUCCCUCAAGGCUUCUACUGAAGGCUGCUGUAUAACAACUACCAGCAGCACCAAUAUUAAGUAGGCAGGGUAGACAGGGUCCUAACAUAUUUGGGAUUAUUAUGGCUGUUCAAGCCUACUUCAGAAAUGCUUUUUCUUUUUAAAGCCAACUUCAGAAAUUGGUCCUCAAGUUAAUGUUAUUAAUAAGUUGGGUUUUGGAAACAAAAAAACUGCAGUCUCUUUUUGGUAGAUUGAAUUGGUUGGAUGUUUUUCAUUUCACUCAUCAAAUUUCCUUGAUGAUCCUGAUUCUGUUCUCAUUAAUUGGUAAUCGGUCGAAGAUUAUUUUUUGAUAGGUAGCAGAGCUGUUCUAUUAAUAUUAAAUAAACAAAAACUUUAUGUUCACAAUGCUGAAACACAAAGGAUCAACAAAGUACAAGAAUAUCAAGUGAAAGAUCUAAGAGAAGCUAGGAACUCAAAAACGGAAGAACAUUGUGUUAGACCCCAAGCUUUGGACCAAUCAAAAAGAGUGAUCUUUUAAAGAUGUCUUACUAUUUGUUUGUAUAAGAAUUAUUUUAUUAUAUUGGGCACUGUUCAGCCUUACUAGUACUUCAUCGAUUUUGCGGGAGGAAGAGAUGCCAUUUGUGCUAGGCUCAUUGGCUAAUUCGUGAAUGUAGUUCUAAGUUACAGUUGACAAUAUGUUGAGCCAAUUGUUGAAUAACAGCCAUUGAAGUGGAAAAAAUUGAUGCCCUCUUAGAAAGAAUAAAACUCAGUGAUUACUAAAUAUAUAAGUGCAAUUUAAAUGUAGAACUCUGUUACUAAUUUUUAUAAUAAUACAUGCAUAUUUAUGCCUACUUCAUUUCCUUAAUGAAGCAGUCUUCUCUUAAUACAGUUUUUCCUACUUAUUACAAAAAUUUUUUUACAUACAUACUGGUUAUGAAACUUGUAGCUGCGAUACUUUGCUUAUGAAAUAGACUUGAUGAUGUAUGUUGCACUGCAUGUUACCAAUACUAUCAACUUAUAUAUCUAAUCAUGCUCAGAUUUAUAUUAUCUGUUAGUAUUUAGACCUUGUUGAUUUUGAUGGGUUCAUGGCAGUUAGAUAAAUAAAAUCUAUAUUGGAUGUACUAAGUUCUGUACUUAACUCAUCAUAAUUACUAGCAUUACCUGCUAAGUCAUUGUUUGAGCAUUGCAAGAGUGUAUUUUCAGAUAAUAAUUUAGCAAAUCUAUUUGUUGUUUGAAGUGCCAGAUAUUAUUUUAUAUGUAUGAAAUGAGAAACACUAUAAUAAUGUUGUACACCUCACACUGUCUUCAAUGAAAUUGUAUUUGCGUAAAUUGAUUGAAGUAUACGGUGGCCAUUCCUUCUUCUGAAAACUCACUUGCUGAGAUCGCUAUCACUUGUUAUCUUGGGUUGGAUGAAGGUGCUUGUUGUUGAAAAUUUGUUCUCAAAACAAGUAAAAUUUACUUUCCUCUUUCAUUUUAACUGUGGUGCCUCAGCAAGAUGAUAUCUUUCUCCGUUUAUUGUAAAUGAACCCUUCUUGGAUAUCAUUUUUUACCUGAAUUCUGGCUAGUUUCAUACAGAAAGAUCUCAUUCUAAAAUUCGUGUUCAUGAAUGGUGAAAUUUGUGGAAAGUAUUUGCUGUUCUAUUUAAAUGUAUAUAUGAAUUUGAUGGAA